AUGAAAUAUAUUUUAUUGUUGUUGACUAUUGGACUGAUUCAAGUAAAUGCUGUUAAUUGGGCAUUAUUGGUUUCAGGUUCAAAUGCAUUCUACAACUAUCGACAUUAAGCUGAUGUAUGUCAUUCAUACAAAACAUUAAUUAAAAAUGGUUAUUCACCUGAAAAUGUGAUUGUGUUUGCAUAUGAUGAUAUAGCUUAGAACAGAUAAAACAUAUACAAAGGGGCUAUCUAUAAUUAACCUAAUUAAGAUGGAUUUUCAGACAAUGUUUAUGAUGGUUGUGUUAUAGAUUAUUCAAAGACUGAUGUCAACCCAACAAACUUCCUUAAUGUAUUAAAAGGAAAUUAUGAUCACUUACCUGAUGGUCACAAAUUCAUCAAUUCUACAAGAGAAGACAACAUAUUUAUUUAUUUCUCAGAUCAUGGAUCUCCUGGUUUAAUAGCUUUCCCCACAUCUUACCUUUAUGAAGAUGAAUUAAUGGAAACCUUUUAAUAUAUGUAUGAAAAUAAUAAAUACAAUAAACUUGUAUUCUAUUUGGAAACAUGUGAAUCUGGAUCAAUGUUUGUGAAUCUACCAAAAGAUCAUAGAAUUUAUGCAUUGUCAGCUGCUAAUCCAUAUGAAUCAUCUUGGGGAACAUAUUGUCCACCUGAUGAUAUUGUAAAUGGAAAGAGUCUUGGAACAUGUUUAGGAGAUGAAUUUUCAGUCACUUUCUUAGAAAAUGUGGAUCUUGGAGAUUUUUCAUAAUCACUUUAAGAACAUUUUGAAUUUAUCAGAGAUCAUACAUUGAAAUCAAAUGUUAUGUAGUGGGGUGAUGUCUCAUUUGCAAGUGAUACAAUUAAAGAGUUCUUUUGGGGACAUAAAUUCCAAAAUAAAAGAAAGAUGUGCCCAAAAGAUGCUUAUUUCAUGAAUGAUGAAGUAUUUAAAUAUUAUAUAAAUAAUUUAGAAUGUCUCAAAAUGGGAUUCAAGAGAUAAUAAAUUGUUAUUCUAUUAAAAUAGAUUCAAUUAGACAGGUGAUUUGGAAGACUUUAUUGAAUUAGAGAAAGAAAUAAAAUCAAGAGCAUAUUUUGAUACUAUUGUAAAUAUUAUUGAUAUAUUUAGUUUGGUGAAUUGCAAUAAACAUUAAAAUUGACUGGAGAUUAUCAUUUUGCCUUAAAUUAGAACUGUCUUAAAUCUGUAAUUGGAGUAUUUGAAGACAAAUGUACAAAAUUAACUGAUUACGGUCUUAAAUAUGUUAAAUUAUUUGGAGAGAUGUGUGAUAGCACAAACUUACUUCAAAUUCAAUUAAAUAUGAUAGUAUCAAAUUUAUGUAUGACAGAAUGAUUUAUCUAUAUUAAAU